UUGCCCCUGCCAAACACAAAAUUGAACCGCAAUAUAUUUUUUCCAUCUUUAUUUUAAUGUGUCAUAACAACACAAAAAAUAAGUUAAUAUAUAAAUUUCUUGAAUAAACCAAACUCUAUUUUUAAAUGAGUAACAGAAAAUUCAUGAAAUAACACCACUAAGCAAUCUAAUUUUUCAACAUAUAAUACUAUAACAUACAAACCCAACUAAUAUUAGUUGUAUUAAAAUUCCAACCUUCUUGACAUACUUUUGAUUUUUGAUUCUUCUUCAUAAGAGUUGAACAGCUGAACCAGUUUUGUCAAGGACAAUGCUUCAUGGAGGAUUGGAAUUAUCUUUCUUCGCCAUCCUGAUUGUAGGUAUUACUGCAGCUGCAGAUUCUCUGGACAAAGACAGAGAAGUUCUCCUGAACCUUAAAGAAUUUCUACAACAACACAACCGCAUAAACCAAGGAAGAUACUCAGAGUGGAACCAGCACACCUCCAAUCCAUGUCAAUGGCCUGGAAUUUCCUGCAAUGGCAACAGGGUCACUUCUGUUGUACUUUCUGAAAACUGUAUCUCCGGCCAGAUAUUUGCAAACUUCUCGGCUCUCACCGCACUUUCACACCUUGACCUUUCCAAGAACACACUAGGUGGACCCAUCCCACAAGACCUGAACCAGUGCAAGAGUCUCAGGUACCUCAAUCUGUCACAUAAUAUCAUUGAUGGGAAAUUGAACUUAUCUGGGUUGAAUCAGUUGGAAGUGCUUGAUUUGUCUGUCAAUAGGAUUAAUGAUGAUAUUCAGUUGAGUUUUCCCGGAAUAUGUGACAAACUGGUUGUCGCAAACUUAUCUGCAAAUAAUUUUACUGGUACGAUUGACAAAUGCUUUGAUGAAUGCUUGAAUUUGCAGUACUUGGAUUUGAGUACUAAUUCAUUAUCUGGGAAUUUAUGGGGUGGGUUUGUGAGGCUCACUGAAUUUUCAGCCUCUGAAAACAAACUUUAUGGUAAUAUUUUACCAUCCAUUUUUAGUCAGAAUUGUAGCCUGCAAGUUUUGGACCUGUCAGAGAAUGGAUUUGUUGGUGAAGUUCCAAGAGAAAUUUCUAACUUUCAAAAUUUGGUUACUUUGGAUCUGUGGGGAAACAGUCUUAGUGGACGAAUUCCAUCUGAGAUUGGAAGAAUUUCAAGCUUGCAAACAUUGUUCUUGGGGAAAAACAACUUUUCCAGAGACAUUCCAGAAUCACUUUUGGACUUGAACAAAUUGGAAGUCUUGGACUUGAGCUGGAACAGAUUUGGAGGAAGUAUACAGGACAUCCUUGGGAAAUUCAAGAAUGUGAAGUCUCUAGGAUUGCAAGGAAAUUUAUAUAGUGGUGGAAUAGAUACUUCAGGAAUUCUCAACCUGCCAAACAUUUUCUGGUUUGAUCUGAGUUUCAACAGCUUUUCUGGUUCUUUACCAGUAGAAAUCUCUAAAAUGCCGAGCUUGGAGUUCUUGAUCCUUGCUUACAACCAAUUUAGUGGAACAAUACCACCAGAGUAUGGAAACCUUCCGAACCUCCAAGCACUAGACCUCUCCUUCAACAAGCUAACAGGACCAAUCCCACCUGCUCUUGGAAACUUGACCUCUCUUCUUUGGUUGAUGCUUGCCAACAACAAGUUAACAGGUCAAAUUCCACCGGAAUUAGGAAAUUGCAGCAGCUUAUUAUGGUUUAAUCUUGCGAGAAACAAGCUGUCCGGAAACUUCCCUUCUGAACUGACCAACAUUGGAAGGAAUGCUACACCAGUAUUUGAAUCAAACAGGCAAAAGAAUGACCAAGUUGUUUCCGGUUUUGGCGAGUGCUUAGCUAUGAAAAGAUGGAUUCCUGGAGAUUACCCUCCAUUUAGUUUUGUGUAUAGCACACUCACUAGAAGAACUUGUAGGAGUGUAUGGAACAAAUUGUUUGAAGGGAUCAGCAAUAUUGACUCUGCGUGUGCUUCUAGUUCAGCCGCCAUUCCAGUUUUAGGACAUGUUCAACUAAGUGAGAAUAAUCUUUCUGGUGAAGUACCUCAAGAUAUUGGAAAAAUGCAGAGUUUCAGUAUGUUACAUUUUGGUCUCAAUAAAUUCUAUGGGAAAUUCCCUCCUGAGGUAGGAAAGUUGCCACUUGCAGUCCUUAACAUUUCUAUGAACAAAUUUUCAGGUAAUAUUCCUAUCGAAAUCGGGAAUCUAACAUCCUUGAGGAGUCUUGAUCUGUCUUGCAAUAAUUUUUCUGGUACCUUUCCUGAUAGCUUGACCAACUUGAGCAAGCUGAACGUGUUCAAUGUCUCAUACAAUCCAUUCCUGUAUGGUAGAAUUCCUAGUACCGGGCAGUUGACGACUUUUGGUAAAGAUUCUUACCUUGGUGAUCCCCUUUUAGACAUUCCAGGAUUUGAGCCUAAUCCUAAAAUUGUUGAUGAAAACCCCUCAAAUUUAGAGCCCAUAAAACCAAAUGAAAACCCCAAAAAGCUCACAAAGUUAACCUCAUUUUGGGUGUUUGUAGGCCUUACAGCAGCUUUCUUUCACAUUGUUUCUUUUUACCUCUCUUACACUUACUUUCCAAGAAGGUGCUUCAACUUUUUCGGUUUUGCAACUCCUAAUUGUUAUAAGUAUUUUUAGAUUUUUUUUCCCCCCUCUUUUUUGGUAACUACGUAACUAUGUAGUGUUACCAAAACAAAAACUACAAAACUAUGUAGAGAAAUGAAAUUCCUAUCUUUGCAUUGCAAAUGAUUUGGUUGGAUUGUUGAAAGAGAAAAUUGCUUCUAGUCUUGCAAGUUGCAAUCAGAAUUAAAGCUACUUGGAGUCACCUUAAAUCAUAUCAAAAAUUAGAAUUGGGGGAUUGACAUGUGGAUCAAAUUGAGCUACUUUAGCUUGAUUCCCACCAUGAUAAAGUCAACUGAGCUUACCUCUUUCCAUCCAUGUUAUUGAAGGCUACUUGGCCUACACAUGUACUUUUAGAAUUAUAUGUUCUAAAACAAAUUUGAAUUAUUUUUUUUAUUGUAAAAUUAUAAGUUGAAUUCAUUUAUAUCAAGAUAUAUUGUAAGUAUUUUUAAUGUGUUGCUUAUGGUGUGAUAAUUUGAACUGAUGGGUGAUAAUGAAGAAUUUUUAUUUUUAUUUUUA